AUGGAUUGCACGGAUGAAAAGAAGGACGAAGUACAAGUUGAAAGCGAUAGCGAUAGCGAUGCUGAAUUUGCCGUAUAUCCAUGUUUAAGUGGAUUAAUCAAAUCACGAUCUGUACAUUCUUUUCAAACAGCAUCGUUGAAUUAUUUGUUAAACAAUGAAAUCUUGCCUUCACGAUCUGAGGAAUAUUCGAUGAAUCAAUUCAAGUGUUGGCCACUUCCGGAUAAAAAUUAUAUGGAACUGAAGAAUAAUGCAAAUAUUCGUAAACUGAGCAAUGAAAUGAUCGAUUUUAAUUAUGCUUUCAAGAAUCGACAGGAUUCGCACUCAGAAUCGAGCGAAAGUUCUCGUUGGUCUGCGCCCGAAAAUUCUACUGGCGAGGAUUUAGUAAAAUCAGAUUCUUUAGUUUUCGGUGCAGGAAAGGAUUACUGGUCGGCUCCAGAGCUUACAAGUGAUGACAAAGAGGAGCUAUUCGAAGAGAAUAGAAAAAUGCUAAGAACAGGCAAUUCGUCGGCCAGCUUAUGCGGAUCAUUAUUCUCGGAUUACGAUGACCCAAGAAUUCCAAGUUUCUCAGAAAUUCGCGACGAACUUCCUAAUGAAAAACCUAGUCUAGCUGCAAAAAGCGUUCGUUCUAUGUUGGAUUUAGAAUUGGUGGCAAAAAUAAGUCGGAAAUGGGAUUCGCUUGAGAUUUAUGCCACAACUCCAUCGCCUCAAUGGCCAUUUAAUGAGAUUGAUGUACCGUUUAUGGACACUUAUUCUGAAAUGGAUAAAGAUGAGGAAGAGAAAGAUAAGGUUCAAAUCAAAGUAGAAGCGUACGAUUGUGUGGGUUAUAAUAGUAAAAGUAAUAAUGAUAGUUUUCCAGAGGGAACAAAAGAGGUUGAAGCGAAAUGGAUGAAUAAAUAUUCGCCUGAUAGACGACGAUCACUUGAAAAAUAUGAUAAAUUAUUAUUUACGAUGACGGCUGAUAACCAUUUAUACAAAAAAUCGAUGAAAAAGUUACAGUGCAGCAGAAGUUAUCAAGAGGGUUUAUUUCAUCUAAAAUCAUCUUUGUUUGAUUUCGAUACUGAUAUUCAAGAUCAUUAUAAUAGAUGUUCGUCUCCUGGAUGUCAAAAAUUUGCGCAAAAACUGGCAAAUAUUUCAAGAUAUAAAUCUGUCGAUAUCGAAGAACUUUGUCCUCGGCAAAGACCCUACGAUUUAUUUCCACUUAAUUUUAUCAAAAAUUCACGGCAUCCGAUUUCUACAAAAUUUGAUGAAAACUAUUCCGCAAUGAAGAAAGCAUUCUAUUGUUUGGAUAACGAGGAUAAUGAGAAUCAAUUACAUGUAUCAUCUCAAUCAACAAAUGAUCGUAAUAUUUCAUAUUUAAAAACUGAUUUGAUGCGAUCUACCAAUAGUUCAAGUGAAGCUAUUUUAAUGAGAAAUAACGUCGGCUCUGCUUUAAGUUACGAAACCUUCAUAGCAAAUAAAUCACACCUAUUGCGUUGCAUUUCUAAUGCGGGCAACGCUAGAAUAUUCCAUGGACCAGUGAGCUGGUGUCCUAUCCAUCAUUCAGUUACUUCCAUUCCUCAUUCUUUUCCUUUUAUUGCACAUCGGCAGCAAUUUCGUGAUCGUCAUUGCUUUAGCAGCCUUUCCUUGUUGUAUCAUUCUUCCCAAGAGAAUUUAUCAAAUUCUUCUUCAAUACGCUCGCUGCAAACGGAUGCGAAUAGCGGUCCUAUUAAUCGACUUGAAAAUCGAGAAAUGAUUGCAGUUUGUUCAACGAACACGAAUAUCUCAGAAUAUGAUAUUAGAAGUGGAAUUAUAAGGAAAUCUGCAAAAUCAGGUGAAUUAAAUCGAAGUUUUAUAUUUAUAUUUAAGGAAAACAAACGUCGAUUAUUAUCAAAUUCAUCAAAGAAUGAUUUUCUUUCCUUGUUAUUUUUAUAUCACUGGUAA